UAGCAUAGCCUACCCUACCACAGGCGCGUACCACAACUCUGAGCCGAGAAGGGAAAACAACAGUAAUUGGGGCCCCUGGGCGGUAAGGGUAUUCUGUGCUGGCUUCAGCAAGUCCUCCUACCGCAUGGUGAGAGGAGAGAAAAGAGGCUUUUGGCAAUGGUGCUACACAAGAAUAAAUGGGAUCGGAAAGCUACGAAAGCGCAUGAGCGGAAACUAAAAGCUGCUGGGAAGGUCGUUGAUGGGGCGGCGGCAGGGCCCGUGAAAGCUACGGAGAAGGGGGUUAAGGAUGGAGGACCCGUGCUGGGCGCACCACUAGCCGGUAGUGAUGUGAGGGGAAAGGAGAAGGAGGGGGAGCCGGUGGUGGGGAGCCGAAGUGAUAGCGAAGCCGAUGAGCAAUCUGGUUCAGAUGAAGGAGACUCGGCAGCCUUCCGGAAACGCACCCUACAAAACAACGCUUGGCGAUACUUGGAAGAGGAGGAAGUCCCCGGCGCGGAGCCAGUCAUCGAGGACCCAGAACCUGACUACGCAAGAUUAACAAUUGGCAAAGAAGUUGACUUCUCACACCCCUCCUCCUCCGUCGCUGCCAAAAAUAAUGUGCCGCUGCCAAUCGAAGACAUAGAUGAGGAAUUCCUGAGGGAGAGCUUCCAGGCUUCCUGCACUUUCACCUCCAAUUCUGUGCCGUCCAGCUCCCGCGCUCGACAGGACAGGGACAAGGACGGGGGUGAUAGAACGGGGAGAGUUGUUCGGGUUCCUAAAAGUCAAUUCGUUGAUGUUACCGAAAAGAUAUCGAAGCAGACGGCGGCGGAGGCGUUCCGGCAGAGGUUUGGAACUAAGAAGGCGAAGCCUCGCCCGGAGCUAGAGGCCGAGGAGGGGGAAGAUGAUUUGGAUUCGUUCUUUGAAGAAUUGGAUCGUGCUCGUGAUGGAGGUGAGAGCCAUAUUCUCUCCCCUGUUUUUCUUCCUGCCCCUUGGGGGAGAGAUUUGAAGGAGAUUAUUGGUUGGUGUGGGGGACGGGGGUUUAUUGAGGGUUUGUCUAAAAAUAAGGAGUGGGGGUUGAUUGGAGGAGGAUAUAAAUUGGGGAGUGUGAUAUGA